AUGCAAAAUCCUGCUGAUUUCAUUACACACUACGGCAAUGUGUACUUCGAUGAUGAUGUAGACACAUCUCUCUUCUCUGUGCCUCAGUUCAGAGGUUGUGAUGAGGCCCUUCAAGCUGGUCAUAAUGUGAGUGGUAUCUACACGAUAUUCCCAGCUGGAUUCAAUGAUGGGCUGCAGGUCUACUGUGACAUGGAGACUGAUGGUGGAGGAUGGAUCGUCAUUCAGAGGCGUCUUGAUGGCAGCGUUGACUUCUACCGCAACUGGACCGACUACCAGGUUGGCUUUGGCAGCUUGUCUGGUGAGUUCUGGCUUGGGAAUGACAACCUACGCAGCCUGACUGAGACUGAAGGUAAGUGGCAACUACGAAUUGACUUAGAGGACUGGGAGAGUAACACUGCCUGGGCUGAAUAUGAUGACUUUAAGAUUCAUGGAGGUAACUACGUACUGCAAUUCAACUCUUACAGUUCCAACAGCACUGCACCAGACUCACUUAAAAAUCACAAUGGAAUGAUGUUUUCUACAAAAGAUAGGGACAAUGACAAAUUGCGUAAAAUGUCCUGUGCACGAUAUUGCAAAGGCGCAUGGUGGUACAAAGGUUGUCACCAAUCAAAUCUGAAUGGGAAAUUUGGGCAAGGAAAUGCAGGAGCUAUUUUGUCUGUCUCUGGAGUUGAAACUUCAUCUUAUACAGGGGAAUAUACGUUUUAUGCCGCUGAAAAUCGUGCCGUAAGAGAGUUUGCAUUUGCUUCACAAACUGUACAAUCUCGUGUCAUCUGCGGACGGGAAUGCAGCAUGGAUGAACGUUGCAAGUCGUUUAACUUUUACGACUGCAAUAAAAUGUGCGAGUUGAACCUUGCCACAAGAAGAGAGCAUCCCAAAGAUUUCAACGCAACUUUAGGGAGUGUGUACUUUGAUGAAGAUGAGGACACACCUCUCUACUCACUGACUGAUAGCUCCUUUGAUCGCUUCAGAAGUUGCAAGAUGCUCUUCGAUGCCGGUUAUCGUUCAAGCGGUAUCUACACAAUCUACCCAGAGCGAUUUGAUGGUUGCAGUCUUCGUGUCUACUGUGACAUGGAAACUGACGGCGGGGGAUGGAUCGUCUUUCAGAGGCGACAAGAUGGCAGUGUGUACUUCUACCGUAAGUGGGCCAAGUACCAGUCUGGCUUUGGCGAUCUGUCCGGUGAGUUCUGGUUGGGCAAUGACAACUUGGUGACUCUGACGUCUGAUGAUUCACAAGGAACAUGGGAGCUACGCGUUGAUUUAGGGGACUGGGAGAACAACACGGCAUGGGCAAAGUACUCAAAUUUCAAAAUAUCCCCGGGUGAGUACAAUUUGACUUAUGAUCGGUACAUCAACGGCACUGCAGGCGACUCUCUUUUGGAUCGUAGAGGAGAUCUUUUGGAUCGUUUCUCAACAAAGGAUCAUGACAAUGAUGCGUAUGAGAAGAUGAGUUGUGCAAAAUUCUUCAAAGGGGCUUGUGGUUUGCAGCUUGUUUGA